AGCAGAUACAGAUAGAGCGAGAGAAGAGAGAGAGAAAGUGGGGGACAACGUGAGUGUCUCCUAUCUCACAAGAGCUCAAACGGGAUCUUCUCAUAUCCUCUACAUGCGCAGAGAUUCAAGAACCAGACAAGUGAAAGCGCGUGUCCAAUACUCACGGAAAAAGAGAGCAAGCACGAACUGAGAUUGUUUUGUGACUUUUCUGCUUUUGCUGAACUGUUUGACGUAGGUACAGUAACCUGUGUGGAGAUUUCUCCAAUGCGAUUUUCUUUAAUUGCGAAAGCGUAAAUAUUGUCGGAUCUUCCGUUGUGGGUUAGAUCCAAGAGUUCGCCUAUAUGCUGGAGUCAGAUUUAGAUUCGCAUUAGUUUGUUAUUUGGCACUGGUUUGAUCGCGGUGUCAUAUCGGCUGUGGAUUGAUCACCUUCAGACUGUCAGCUGAUUUUCCAUCUGCAAACAGUGAAAGCAUCUUUUCAUUAGGACACGGCUGUGUUUCAUCCCACAGGAGAGAGGAAGGCGCGUGAUGAUGUUGAGGGUCUCGGAUGCUUUGGUCACUCUGGUGACUCUCUGUUGUGUGGUCGAAGGGACUGUCGGCGGAUACGGCAUGAGCAUGUUCGCCGCUCAGACCUCCCCACCGGAUCCUUGCUACGACGAGAACGGUCACCCCAGAAGAUGCAUCCCCGAUUUCGUCAACGCGGCGUUCGGGAAGGAAGUGCGCGCGUCCAGCACCUGCGGCAAAACACCGAGUCGAUACUGUGUGGUGACUGAGAAAGGGGAUGAAAGGCACAGAAACUGCCACACGUGCGACGCUUCGGAUCCAAAGAAAUAUCACCCACCUGCUUACCUAACCGACCUGAACAAUCCUCACAACCUCACCUGCUGGCAGUCGGACAAUUACAUCCAGUAUCCUCAAAACGUCACUUUAACAUUGUCCCUGGGCAAGAAAUUCGAGGUGACCUACGUGAGUUUGCAGUUCUGCUCACCGCGACCAGAGUCCAUGGCUAUCUUUAAAUCGAUGGACUACGGGAAGUCCUGGGUGCCUUUCCAGUACUACUCGACCCAGUGUAGAAAGAUGUUCAACAAGCCCAGCAAAGCCACGAUCACUAAGCAAAACGAGCAGGAGGCCAUCUGCACAGAUUCACACACCGACAUGCACCCUCUCUCCGGCGGGUUGAUCGCGUUCAGCACCCUGGACGGGCGACCCUCCGCGCACGACUUUGACAAUUCACCCGUACUUCAGGACUGGGUGACCGCCACAGACAUUAAGGUGACUUUCAGCCGACUGCACACUUUCGGAGACGAAAAUGAGGAUGACUCGGAGCUGGCCAGAGAUUCCUAUUUUUACGCCGUGUCAGACCUGCAAGUCGGAGGCAGAUGUAAGUGUAAUGGUCACGCGUCACGGUGCGUCAAAGACCGGGAUGGAAACCUGGUGUGCGAGUGCAAGCACAAUACAGCCGGACCAGAGUGUGACAGAUGCAAACCUUUUCACUAUGACCGACCCUGGCAGCGCGCAACCGUCAGAGAAGCCAACGAAUGUGUCGCAUGCAACUGUAACCUCCAUGCGAGGCGCUGUCGUUUCAACAUGGAGCUUUACAAACUCUCCGGGAGGAAAAGUGGAGGAGUCUGCCUGAACUGCCGCCACAAUACGGCAGGUCGCCACUGCCACUACUGCAAGGAGGGCUACUACAGAGACAUGUCUAAGCCCAUCUCUCACAGAAAGGCCUGCAAAGCCUGUGAUUGCCAUCCUGUGGGGGCCGCGGGCAAAACCUGUAACCAAACCACAGGCCAAUGCCCCUGUAAAGACGGUGUGACGGGUAUCACAUGCAACCGUUGUGCUAAAGGCUACCAGCAGAGCCGAUCUCCCAUUGCCCCCUGCAUAAAAAUUCCCAUUGCUCCACCGACCACCACUGCAAGCAGCACAGAGGAACCUUCAGACUGUGAAUCCUACUGCAAGGCUUCCAAAGGCAAGCUGAAGAUUAAUAUGAAGAAGUACUGCAAGAAAGAUUACGCUGUUCAGGUCCACAUCCUAAAGGCAGACAAAGCCGGCGAGUGGUGGAAGUUCACUGUCAACAUCAUCUCUGUCUACAAACAGGGAGAAAGCCGGAUCCGCAGGGGGGAUCAGUUUUUGUGGGUCAGAGCAAAGGAUGUGGCCUGCAAAUGCCCAAAGAUCAAGCAUGGCAAAAAGUACCUGCUGCUGGGCAAUGAUGAGGAUUCUCCUGGACAAAGCGGAGUGGUGGCAGACAAGGGCAGUCUGGUCAUUCAGUGGAAGGACACUUGGGCUCGGAGACUCCGGAAGUUUCAGCAGCGGGAGAAGAAAGGAAAAUGCAAGAAAGCAUAGUGAAAGGGCUGGACAGAGAAACACCAGACGAGUGGUGGAUGAAAAGAAGAGAAGAAAAAAAAGACGGACUAAACAUCGCUGCUUUGAAUAAAAGCAUGAAGAGAAUAUUAACUUUUUUUUUUUUUUUUUUUUUUAAAUAGGAACACGUGUGAAGGAGUUCACAAUGCAGUUUUCAUUUCCAUUGACCUGUUUGCCAAUUUUGCACCUGUGUUCAGCAUAAAGAAAAGUCUUUUAUGUUAAAUGGCUUUCAGUCUGGUUGAGAAUCAGAUUUAGCCAUAUUUAAUAUUCUAAAAAAUAUAUAUAUUUAAAGGAACAGUCCUUCAUCAUUACAAAAACAAAACAACUUCAUUCAUCAGUUUUGCAUUUAAAAAUGUAUAUGCUCUAACUUAUGCAUUAUACAUAAUGGCAUCUGAGAUGACAGCAUUUCAGAAAUAUCAAAAUUCAGAUUUUGGAAGGAAUUUUUUAUAUGACAGAUAUCAAAACUAAUUUGCUCUUCUUCUGCCAAAUUAAAAUAUUCUUUUUUUUCCAAGGUUUGAAAAGUAUUUAAAAAGUAUGACUUUGUAACAACCUCCAUGAAAAUCAAACAACUGUAUGCAUAUAUUGGUGUAUACUAUGUUUUAAAAAUAAUUAUUCAUUCAAUUAUUGUUGCAAUUUUCGUUGAGCUGUUUUUCAUUGAAUACAGAUGCAAACAAAAUGAAAAGGACAACAUAGAAAAGCUCAUGUACAGUGUGACAUUUAUAUUUCAAAUAACACAACUAAUCUUUGAAGACUGGUGCAGACUGUCCGAGCAGAUGCACCACAAAAGCAAAUCAAGCUUUCUGUUCAGUGUACAUGUUUCCGAUUCCCUUUUUACUGUCAGUGUCCCAGAGUUUGCUGAUUCAAAGGUAAAAAAAAAUAGAAAAGAAGCUUUAUACAUAUUUAAAGCAGUGCCCAUUCUCUUCAACAGACAUAAAUAUACUACAUUUGGUUGAUUUAAUUUUUAUUUUUUUAUUUAAGCCAUGUGUUGUGAAUCAUGCCACAACUUCUUUACAUCAAAUCUGUACACGUAAGUGGUGAAAACUGAUUUAGGAUCCAUAAAAAUGUAGUAGCAUGCUUGUACAAAUCCUAAAAUUAUUAGCAUGCAUUUACAAUUAUUUUUGAACUGGGAAUAAAACCACCAUGUAUAUUUUUGUAUAAGACAUGAUGAUUGAGGUAGAUGACUCUAAAUACAAACAGCAGUUCUUGCUCUAUUUGAUGCUCUGAUUCAAUUGUUUAUAGUCCAGACAUGGACGAUGACGUCCUUUUGUUAAAACUGAACUUCAGUGUGACGAGUCCACUCUAUAAACAGGCCUUUUCGUAAGUCCUGGAAGUGUUGGCAGAAUGGUUUGUAUAGUUCGUAUUUUUCCUUGUGUGUAAAACAGUAUUUAGAAGUGUACAAAUUACCUUUAACUAGAUUUUAGUUUAGUACUAGUAUUUAGCAUCUCUCCUUAAACAUUUCCAUGUCUGUUUAGCAUCUGUGAAUGUAGGAAUGCAUGUACAGUAAUGUUUUAAUACAAUAGAGAAUUCUCUUCACUGUGAGAAACGCUGCUCAUACACACACACACACACACACACUUAUUUUGUUACUAAUGAGACGGACGUUCUCUAAAGUACAGCUUUUCCACUGAUCUUUGAGGGUCAUUUAACAUUUGCUUGUGUGGUCAGUCCUUCACAGAUCAUUAAGAAAAUAAACUGCAAGAACUGAUCAUUUCAACAUCAGAUACCAAAAAAAAAAAGAAAAAAAAAAAAAGUCAGAUCUGAUGAACGGUUUACGUGUGCAGUAAUUAUCAUCUUUACUCAAUGAUUAUUUCUUGUAAAUGUACCCAAUGUAUGACAUCUAGAUAUUUAUACAUAUGCUGUAUUUACCGGUUACAGACAAUAUUCGUAACAGCACAUGUAAAUGUAUUUUGUUUGGCACUCAGUAUCUUAGUGCACACUCAUUUUUAUUUUUAGUAUUCCAGCGAUGUAAAUUUAUGUUCAGUUUUGACUUUUCGCAGCAGUGGAAAGAUGGCUCCUGUAUUUGACAUUACCAGCAGACCUUACAUACAUUGCUUCUUGUUCAUAUUAUGAAUUGUAAAUUUAGCUGUGGCAAAUACAAGAUGUCUGCAAUAUUGUUUUACAGUGCAUACUAAUAUAUUAUGGUUAUUAUAAGAAAAUAUUUAAUGACACAAGACAUUGUGGAUUUUUUAUGUCUUUCUUUUUCUUUUUUCUUUUUUACAGUUUGUGGUUGUUUAGAUGGUUGUGAUUAAAGUCCAGAGGGGAAGAUAACUACUGAACACCAACCUGGUAGAACUACAUUCAGCAUUCAUUUGGAAUAAAACCUCAAAAUAUUA